GGCCUGGGUUGGAUCUUAAAACUCCAGUUUCCAGUUUAUUCAGCUGAUGGUUGACCUUGAAAUUGGCUGCUGCAGACAUGAGUGUGGUGUUUGUGCUGUGAUCAGCGGCAGGUGUUGUGUGAGGGUGCACUGCUGCGGACAACACGGACCGUCUUGAGUGUCGUUUGGUGGUCUGACGGAGGGCCGCGCUGAUGAAAACACUUGGCGCUCACGGGCAGAUUGCCUGAUUAAAUCCAGUUUUUCUGCUGCCCCGGCGGUGACUGAUGAACACACGCGGCGUCGCCGAUCCAGCACCGCCCUGUCCGCCAGCGGCGGAGGAAACGGUCACAUCCAGGAAGGACACGGGGGGGCCUGAUGGGAAGCGGUGAUAGAGACCGCCGCGAAUACCGACCAGUCAUCAUUACAGGAAUUACACUUCAUCGAGGGAGCUUGAUCCUCCCGGCCUGAACCUUUCUCUCUGCUGCCUGCGCUAACAAAUGGAGCAAACACACUCUGCAGUGGAAACUUGUAUUGAUUUGAGCUGUGCUCCUUGUUUCCAUUAGCGUGGAAACGGCUCUGCAGGAAAACUGCUCGGACGGGUCUUGCAGGUGUUGCGCGUUGCGCUGCGGUCGCCGCUCAGAUGUCCGUACCUGGCUCUCCAUCUGUCUCCCGCCAUCCCGGUGUUCGCCGCCCUGCUGUUCCUCUUCGUCAUGGCCAUGCUGCUGAGGACCAGCUUCAGCGACCCCGGCGUGCUGCCGCGAGCGCUUCCGGAGGAGGCCACUUUCAUCGAGAUGGAGAUCGAGGCCGCCAACGGGAACGUCCCCGCCGGGCAGCGGCCGCCACCUCGAAUCCGCAACGUCCAAAUCAACAACCAGAUCGUCAAGCUCAAGUACUGCUACACCUGCAAGAUCUUCCGACCGCCUCGAGCGUCGCACUGCAGCAUCUGUGACAACUGCGUGGACCGGUUCGAUCACCACUGUCCGUGGGUGGGAAACUGUGUGGGCAAGAGGAACUACCGAUACUUCUACCUGUUCACGCUGUCGCUGUCCCUCCUCACCAUCUACAUCUUCACCUUCGACAUCGUCCACGUGGUCAUGCGCUCAGUGGAUAAUGGCUUUUUGAACACUUUGAAGCAAACACCUGGAACUGUGCUGGAGGUGCUGGUGUGUUUCUUCACCCUGUGGUCGGUGGUGGGACUGACGGGCUUCCACACCUACCUGAUCUCUCUCAACCAGACCACCAACGAGGACAUUAAAGGAUCGUGGUCGGGGAAGAACAGAGUGCAGAACCCCUACAGUCACAAGAACAUCAUCAAAAACUGCUGCGAGGUGCUGUGUGGGCCCACGUACCCGAGCGUCCUGGACAGACGAGGACUGAUGCAGGAGGAUUCGGCUGUCUCUGCAGCCGGCGCCGCCCCCCCCUCCUCCUCCUCCUCCUCCAGCAACCCGGAGCCACAGACCACGCACGCUGUCCUCUGCCUGCAGAAAACCACGGCUCCGCUCAUCCCCAACGAGCACACACCCGACGAAGCCAAGCCCGGCGUCCCCGUCCCGGCGGAGAAGAGCCCCUCCCCCAAGGAGGAGCCCCACGAGAAGCUCCCUCCCCUGGCUUCGCCCGAGACCGACGCAGAGGCAUCCAUCGCCAAGGACAAGAGCCAUUAGCCGCACCGGGGGCCGGCUCCAGUCGGAGCCACUCCCCCCGCCCCACCGGCGUCCUGCCCGCUCACAAACUGAAACAUGACCGAUCGAUGUCUGCCUGCGGCACGGCGGGCGGCUCGGUUCAUCCUCCGACUUCCGAGUUCUCACCGCAGCUCCUCCUCGUCCUUCCUCUCCUCUCCGGCCGCUGCAGAGCCGCGUGACUGACGGCUCACUCCUGCAGGAGGACUGAUCAAAUGGAAAGUCAGCAGCUUUCCGUCUCUUGGGCACUGCAUGGAAAAGACACCCAACAGGAGAGAAGCUGCUGGAAAAACAUGCAGACAAAGAAAGAAAAAAAAACACUCUCCCAGUGUUUGGCCCUCGCACAGGUGGGCUCGCUGUGAUUGUCAGUACUGCAUUGGCUCUUUAUUUAAAACUGUAUUAUGACAUUUAUUGUGACAUACAAGUUCGUAUAUGCUGCUUUCAAGCAUCUGGCAGAGACGGAAGGUAUUACCUCUGAACACGCUGAGAAACUUCAUACGGUCAGUUUGUGUUGUACAUACAUGUACAUGCCCUAUGCAAAUCCAUAAGAGGGCCAGCGGAUCGGCGCUGUGAAGACGUGAACCAGUUCUGGAAGCGUGAACACGACAAGAACGUGAAAAUCCCGAGCUGAGAAAAUCCCGAAACAUCCUUCCAGGCAAAGUCUACCUUGUAUUCUGAUACUGCUGCAUUCAGUACUGUUCUCACUAACAUGCAUCGUUUUUUAUGCCCGUCCUUCCAUUUUUAUACAACCCAGGAUGUGAGUGUAAUGAUGGUACUCGGAAAGCAGAAGGAAGUGACACAGCCGGUGUGUGUGUGUGUGUGUGCGUGUGUGGGUGUGUGUGUGUGUGUGUGAGAGAGAGAGAGAGAGAGUGAGAAAAAGGCCUGAUGAGCGCAGACACUCAUAGUGACAGUGCCUUAAUGUAGCAGCUGUGGAGCCCGUCAGACCGCCCUGAUAGUGUCAGAGGAGGAACAGCAUGGUUCUCAACCAGGCUGAUCAGACGGUCACGUCUUCACCUGGACUGUGGGGGACCCAGGUUUGCAUCCCUGGUGCAGCAGGAAGGGUGAAAACAACCCAAAUCCACAGAGCAAGUUGAAAUGACUUCCAGUGGCAACUCCAGAAAAACACAACAGCUGAAUAGAUCCUCCAGGUAGAGAAAAGGAAGGUUUGAUCAUCAUUAUUUGAUGGAUAGACAGAAAAAACAUGUCCAGCCGGGUCAAAGUCAACGUUGGCGUUGUUUCUGCAAACCCUGAAUAUGUUGAAUGUUUCCCGUCAUGACCUUGCGUAAGCCUGUGUAAUAAAUGUGGCAACACAAUGAAUUUGCAGGUUGAAGCAUUUAAUAUGGUUCCUUUCAGGGAAAAACACCGUUAAGGUUUGAAAACUGCUUAGUUAGGUUUUGGUAAGGUUGUGACUCAGUCUGUAUAAUGUAAUGUGGGUACGUCACAAAAACUCUCCUUCGGCUUGGGAAGAAGGUCAUGGUUUGCGUGAAACUUCGCAAUUUCAAAAUCUUUAAACACCAAAACUACAAGUUCAGGUGCCUGGUUGUUUGUUUAUCAAAGCUGAACCUGAAUCUGUAAAUGAACUCCCAAACAAGAAUAAUGAAAUUAUUUGUGGUUUGCAGAAAAAGACAGUGCUAGUAUCGAUCCAUCAUGAAGCUGAUCUGUAUCCAUGUGGUACGUCACCAAAACAUGAUUGGUUAGAUAUUUUAAUUCAUAGGUUUUUCCAGUUUUCCACAGUUUGAAGAGUUGAGCGAUGCUCUUCGCUGCCUCUUCAUUAUGAAAGCUGCGAGAGGUUAAAACAACUUGCCUCCAGAUCCUAAAGCUCUUGCUGUGAGCUGCAGCUUCAUGUCUAGGACACCUAUAUUGAUAGAUGGACAUUUUGACUUUGUAGGGCCACAACAAACCAUCAACCUGGUUGUUUUUAUGUGAAACCACUUUGUAGUUUGGUCUUCAUAAUAUCAGACCUUUGAGAACUAUGUCACAGACUAAAAUAUCCUACAAUCAAAGCAUCGAACUGCAAAGUAUUUAUUUUCUUUUCGGAUAAAAUUUCCAGUCAGGGAAUUUAAAAGUACAAUGUUUAAGAUUUUAGUUAGGUGAUUUGGUGGCACUUGUAGAUCGCUCCCUGCACCAUCUGGUGGUUUAAGUUGGUAUUACAAGAAGGGACAACUGACGCUAGGUGGUUUGUAGCUUCAGUGUAAGUCCCUUAUUUUUUGAUUAUAAUCCACCAGAAGAAUAACUGGUUACUUUUCUGUUUAACUGAUUAAUAUUUGCAGCUCUACACAUUCCCGUUUGUUUAUUCAGCAUUUUUUUUUUUUUUUAAAUCUUCUGAAGGAAUAAUCAGUGUUUGAUAGGAGUGGGUUAUAAAGGUCGUACUGGUUGGAAACCAAUAAGUUAGAGGCAGAAUAAACCGAGUAAAGCCAUUGUUGAAGGCGGUAUAGAUAAAAGCGUCUGGGUUUGUGAGCGAGGAUGAAGGGGGUGAAGUGAAAUCCAGCAGAGCCGAUCUUCCUCAGUCGUCUCUCUUCCAUAAGAAAAGUCACGUUUCCGCUGUGGCCGUUGCUUUUCUCAACACUUCCACAGCCGACCGGCUCGUCGCCGCAGAGAGAACUUUAUUUAGUCUCUGCCUUGGUGGCAGAGACCGUCCGCAGGGAAGACGUCCACACAAAGUGAAGCCAGUCCCUCGUAUUUAAAUGAUGUUAGCUGAUAGCUGAGAGUUUGUUCCAGUGAUUGUGUUGUAUGCAAGACGGAGUCGGUGUUUGUGAAAUAUAGUGUAGAAAUUGCAGCGUUGUAUCAGACUCUGCCCGACAUGAUUUAUUAUGAAACUCAUAAAUGCCUCAGUUCCUCUUUAAUUCCCUAAAUUGUUUUAAAAUCAGAAAUGACCAGGGAUUGUGGGUAGCUCUAUUGUGUUUCAUUUGAGGAUAAUCUAUGAAGACUCUAGAAGAACAACACUAACAAUACUUCAUUCGCGAUCCAUCUGUGGAUGAAAAACAAGAGUUGAAAGACAAUAUUGGACAGUUGGACUCAAGUUUAACAAAUGUUUACAUCUGGGAGGCAGAAAUCAGCAAAAUUAGAUUUAAAAAAAUUGUUGCUUGGCACUUUUCUCUAAUCAAUAAACGUAGAGCUCCAGAUAAAUGUGAAAUUUGGAGUGUAGUGACUCAUCUGCGCUGAAAGAAGCUGUAAUGUGUUGCAGCAGAUUUGUUUCUGUGAAAUUAUUUAAUAUUGACCUGAAUGAAACACUAUUGAAGCUGUGUUUUGGAGGCUUGAUGAGAUUUCUUUGUGGAAAGUAUUCAAAGACAGUUUGGUGAUUUUGGACGUUGUCACCGCGAAGCAAGAAUGUAGAUGUUGAAGUUCAAUUAAAGGGAACGUUUGUGUUCUGGGAAAGGUUUUCGAAGGGACAGUCACAUUUUUGUUUUAUUAGUUUCUUGUUUUUUAAAUCUGAAGGUUAGAGAGUGACCGAGCUGAGAUCUUGUAUUUAUGAAACCUGUGUUAAAACUGAUCAGACCUGAAUGCUCUGAUCCAUCUAUUACAUUGCAUUAUGUAUACAGAUACAGUACUAUUACCAUUGAUGGAACGCUUAUUUAUGUUCACUUUGUUUGGUAUCAACACUGUGAUUAUAUGUAUUUUAUCCAAUUUAUUCACUUUUUUUUUUUUUUUUUUUACAUGAUCAGUGUGUCUGGUAAAUAAACAACAUUGUCUUAUUAUAACA